AUGUUCGCAUCGAAUUUGAUAUCGAUGAUUGACCAUUUCGUUGAUAUCAAUCUUAAUAAUAUCAGCUUCUCGCUCAAUAAUCACAUCUCGAAAAAUCGACGAGCCAAAGAGAUGAAUUCAGGUAUGGAGGAUUGUGGAAGAGUAUAUGAUCAUAAUGAUAAUUCGAACGCUGAUUACAUAGAGUGUUGUCGACGUAUGGUGCAUUUAGACUUUAGUGAAACUCGGCUUAGUGGAUGGGGUUCGAAACAUCCCAAUUCCGUCAGGGGGUACUAUUGUAUUGGACAUUGUAACAAAUACGGUGGAUACAGCAAUAAUUCCAAUGAUAGCAGUAAUAACAAUAACGGAUAUCAGAGUUUUUACGCAGAACUUAUGAAUGCACAUGCAGAUUCGUUCGGUUUGACUCCGUGCUGUGCUCCGAUCAGAUUCGACCCUCUGACAGUGACUGUUAAGCACGGAACGUUAGUUAUUCGUCGUUGA